ACGACAAUGUUUGAUUAGUAGAGAGAAACGAGUGUGUGGAUCAAGUUUAAGUGAAUUUUUAUGCGUUUUAAAAAUUGCAUACAAUAAAAUAAACUAUAAAAAAAAUUAUUCAAAAAAAGAAAAAAACACUACGAAGUUGAAAAGUGCAUUGUGCAUUAAUAUAUUUGCACUAAGCAGAAUCAAUAAAAAAUAUAAAGUAGUCGUUAUGCUUAAAUUAAGUAUAGUUUUUGGCUUAUUGGCGUCAAUUAUUUGGCGCACAACACCCACGAAUUGUCGUCAAACACCUCCGACACACAGCAACGUCAAUCAUUUAAUAGCAGCGAAUAUACAAAAUUUCAUGGAUACGUCAGCACGACCAUGUGAAAACUUCUAUCAGUACGCUUGUGGGCAUUGGUACCAGCAUCAUAUUGAGCAAGUGGACUUCGGUGAUACGUUGGGUUUACUUGAGUAUGAGCUCAAUAAGAAGUUAGAGCACGUCUUAAAGAGACUUGGCAAUGUCACCGCUGAUGAGGAUGAAGAAUCAAGUUUUUAUCAAAAGGUACACACUUACUACAAGUCCUGCAAAAAAGUGAAACCAUACAAUUUGAAAAAAUAUCUCUUACUUGUACAACCGAAUUACGAGACAAGUUGGUAUAUUUUGUCACGCAGCGGCGGCAAAAACUGGCAAGCGGAAAGGUUUGAUUGGUUGCAAGCUGUGGCGAAAUUGCGUCUUUAUGGCUUAAACGGUGUACUGCUAAAAGAAGAAAUACUUCCGCGUUGGGACGAAUCCAGCAGCAACAGCAUUUAUUUGGACAAACCAAAUUUAAUUGAAACUGAACCCAUGGGCGAGGGGGCGGCGAUUGAGCUAAUGCUUGACAUUGGUCAGACGAAGCGUGUAGCAAACGAGAUUUCACGUGAAGUUCACGCUUUUGAAUUGCAAUUACACAAACUUCAGGAAAUUGAGGAUGAAGAAGGUGCAAAGGAAAUGCAGUUGAGUUAUUUGCAAGAGUACAUGCCACAAAUUGAUUGGCUAGAAUAUAUACGGCAACUUAAAGGCCCUACAACAAAUUUAGCGACCACGGUUAUUAUACAGAAUGUACCUUACAUGCGUGCACUAGUAAAGUUACUGAACACCACAGAGCGUGAAACGGUUUGCAAUUAUGUGAUGCUUAAGUUUCUGCAUUUCCUGAAGCAACAAGGGCCUGCUGAAAUCUCAAAACAGGAAUGUGUCUCUAGUUUGAGACGUGCGAUGCCAUUGGCCAUGAGCUAUAUUAUUGGCACGCACUUUAACAAGGAUAUUGAACAAAAUGAUGAAAUUGUACAACGUAUAUUCGCAUCUCUGAAGCAAAAGUUUUAUGAAAUUCUCAGUGAUAAUCGCCUACAACUACAACAGCCAAUUGUUGAUGUACUGUUACAGAAGAUUAAGAGCAUGCAAUUGCAAGUUGGCUUUUCGCCUCGCAAUGUUUCAAAUGGAUUCUUAAAUGAAUACUAUGAGCGCAUCGAGCUAGAUGCCAGCAACUUUUAUGUCAAUCAGUUGAGUUUGUUACGCUUAACAGUGGAAAAGAGUCAUGAAAGUCUGGAACCAGCGGUAGCUUCAAAUUUUCUAGCCAUUGAUAAUAGUACUUACCUUUUGGCCGAAAGCAUAACAGCAACCUCUUCGCCUUACUAUAUAAAGCCUAGAAAUCUUAUAAUUGUACCAUAUGGCUUUAUGCAAAUGCCUGUUUAUCAUCGUAAUCUGAACGACAUCUUUAAAUACUCUGUACUCGGUUUUAUCAUAGCGCAUGAGGUGCUGCAUGGCUUCGAUUCAAAUGGCAUUGAUUAUGAUAGUGUGGGGAAUAUAAUGGGCCCAAGUGAGGAGAUCGCAGCUAAUCACCGUUUUAUGCGUGGACUACGUUGCAUGCAAAAUGAAUUAGCAACCGGUUCACGCAGUUUGAACGAAAAGCUGGCUGACUACGAAGGCUUUCGUUUAGUUUAUGACACUUACUUCAAUGGUAGUUUGCUGCAUGAGCAGUCAGUUGGUCAUGUUAAGGUGUUGCCACAGUUCACGAGUAAGCAGCUGUUUUUUAUCCACUUCGCUCAGUUUUUCUGCGGAAAAGUGCAUCGGAGUGUGAAGCAAUCAGCAUUUUUGGAACAUGCAUUAGAUGAACUUCGCGUUCUGCAAACUCUUGCAAAUUUUGAGGAGUUCUCAAAAGAAUUUGGUUGCGACAAGAGAGCUAAGAUGCAAUCCAAAGUACGUUGCAAAUUGUGGUGAACUGAGAACUUGUGUAAUGCUUAGGAACAGUGUUGUAUAUUUAUUUAAAAAAAUUAAAUUAGAACAAUAAUUAUGA